CAUGUUCCUUCCGUCCGACGCUGUGUGGAGCUGCUCCGGCCGAACGUGAACUGCUAGCAGACAAAAGCAACAAAGUGAACCCCCCUCCGGAUCAAUCAAAUGUGUCAUAUUUAACUGUUUAAGAACCGAAACCAAGUGAUCACACCGUCAUACUUCACAGUAAGUAUGCUGAGCACGUGUACAUGUCUGAGGAGGGUUUAAUGUGACCUGGACGUCGUGGUGAGAGGUGGCCUGAUUCGGAUCCCGUGUGGUUCUUGUGUUGCCACGGCUGGGUUCUGCCUCGCCAGGUUGUGUGGGGGAGAGGUGGGACUACUUCAGUCAUAAAUGGAGAGGGACAAGCAGGCACCCUAUGUCCCGGGCAGCCACACACUCCUCACAACACCUGCGUGAGUGCUGCAGUGUCGAUGACUACACCUGAACAAAUAAAUUACAUUUGACAACGCAGACCUGACUAUUCUACUACACACACCCUUGGGCUGCUGCCAUGGAUGGGGAGGAAGAGGUGUCUCACAAGCGUGAGGAUACGGUCAGUGAAUCUAAUGGCUCCAUGGAAAGUAAAAAGAGAGAAGCCAAAGGGACCUGCCUAAAAAUUGAGGGUCAGGAUGGCUAUGUGUUCAAAUCCUACAGCAUUAACCCUCAUGACACUGUGGAUGCAAAGUCCCCUGCUUGUUCCUCAAUAACACUGGAUAAAGACUCUCCCCCUUCCUCUCCUCAGGAUGACAAACAGUUGGAGUCGGACAAAGCAAGUGAGACUGACCCAGCUUCCCCCACCCUUUCAAACAAAUGCCUAAACACUGACACUGUGGGAAAUAUGGAGAGUCAAAGUUAUGAGAAUGGAAAUGAAGCAAGUCAAGAUAUCAAAGGGGAGAGUGGGGAUGCAAACGGAAUGGAUGAGGACGAUGGAUUUGGUAGCUCUGUUGGCCCUUUUGUGACUAGAGAUGGUGAUGAGUAUAGUAAUUUACUAAGUGGAUACACAAGCACCCUUUAUGAUGUUGCCAUGGACGCUGUCACUCAGAGCCUUCUCUCAUCUAUGAGAAGUAAUACCAACCCGAGGAAAAAAUCUCCUGCAUGGAACCAUUUCUGCAUAUCACCGCGAGACAGUACCAAAGCAAUCUGUUUAUACUGCAUGAAAGAGUUCAGCCGGGGUAAGAAUGAGAAAGACCUCAGUACAAGUUGUUUAAUGAGGCACGUACGAAGGGCUCACCCCACUGUGCUUUUACAAGACGGAGCCGACGCAUCCUCAAAUAAUCUGACCAGCUCCCUUGCCUCAUCUUUGAUACCUCCAUCCCCAAACUCACCAAAAAACGGAGACUUGACCAAUAGCGUCAUUUCUUCUGCCUCAAAGAACACUUCACCGUCCACCUCCUCAGCUGAAAAUUCAGAUCUGUCAUCCAAAGAAGUGUUACCCAAAGUUGAACCAAAACUAGAACUGUAUGCCAACAUUGAUGCCGUUUGCAGCUCGCUCUCAUCCUCACAUUCCAAUGACAACAACCUUGAAGAUAUGUCAGACAGUGGGCCUGAGCGCCUCCCUGGGACCCCAAAAAGCUCAAGUUCCCGCCGGAGAUCCGCUGUAUGGAAACACUUCUACCUGUCACCUGCUGACAAUUCCAAAGCAGUAUGUAUCCAUUGCAUGAAUGAAUUCAGCAGGGGUAAAAAUGGGAAGGAUCUAGGGACAAGCUGUCUUAUUCGCCACAUGUGGAGAGCCCACAAAGAGGUUGUCAUUGAGGAAAACGGACAAGGCAAUCACAUUCCCCCACCCUAUACCAACCCGCCUUCACUGCUGUCCCGCACUCAUCUACCUGAGCCUCUGGAAGUAAAAAAAGAAUUUACCCUUCUUCCAUCCUCACCAGAAACCAUAUCAGAUGAACUACCCCAAAGCUUGGAGGACCGCAUGGAUAUAAAAGAGGAAUCUGAUGAGGUGAUGCAUCUCUCGGAGCAGGAAACCUCUCUCAAUCUGUCCUUCAAAACUCAGGGGGAUACAUCCCUAACUUCCUCACCAUGCGACCUCUCGGAGGGCCCCAGCCUCAAUCAGGAUCAUUCCGUUUUCCAGCAAAACAAGAAGAUCAUGAAACGGGUGAAAUCUGAAGUGUGGCACCAUUUCAUAGUGUCCCCAGUGGACCAGUUAAAAGCACUGUGCCGUUACUGUCCAUGUGUCAUCAGUCGGGGGAAACGCGGCGACUUUGGUACAAGCUGUCUGAUGAGGCAUCUGAUGAGACGCCACCCAGACGUCCUCAAAAACCAAAAAAGCACAGAUGAGAAGGAAUCCUCCCCUCAUCCUUACACCAAUCUCACCGCAACGGACGCAGUUUCAACCAAAGAAACUGAGAGCCCUGCCAGUGAGAAAAAGCCCCAAACACUGCCCGUUUUCAGUAAAAAGACGUCAAAACUGUGGAACCAUUUCUCCAUUUCACCCACUGACCCCACAAAGGUGGUUUGUUUGCACUGUGGCCGCACAAUUAGCCGAGGCAAAAAGACUACAAACCUUGGCACAAGCUGCCUCUUCAGGCACAUGCAGAGGUUUCAUGGACAUGUUCUUGAAAGUAACAAUACUAUCUCAGGUGAUGUGCCGUCUGCUGAAAUUCAUGUUAAACAAGAGCUCAUGGACACUUCCGUUUAUGAAACGGAACAGAGCCGUGAGAGGUUUGAUGAACACCACCCAGUUGCCAAAAAAAUCACCAAACUAAUCGCAGAAAUGCUCGCACUGGAUCUUCAGCCAUCAGCUGUGGUGGAGAAUGCUGGACUAAACCGACUGCUAGAGUACCUCCAGCCUCAGUAUUCUCUACCACCUUCUUCCUACUUUACCAGUACUGCCAUACCAGACAUGUACGAACGGGUGAAGGACGUUGUGCUGACCCACCUGAAAGAGGCUGAAGGUGGUGUUGUCCACUUCACAACGAGUAUCUGGGUCAGUAGCCAGACAAGGGAAUACCUGACCCUCACUGCCCACUGGGCAACGUACGAGUCAAGUGUCAGGCCCCAGGGUCAGGACUUCCACUGCUCUGCUCUCCUAAGUGUCUCACAAAUAGACUGUGAUCACGAUAUGCAGGACAUCCCAAAGCAGCUGGAGUAUCUGUGGGAUUCCUGGAUCACCUCAUCAGGGUUGAAAAAGGGGUUCACUGUAACUGAUAACAACACCAUCAGAAACACCUUGGAGGACCAUGGCCAUGUCACCAUGCAGUGUUUUGGACACACUAUAGACCUCAUUGUUAGCGAAGCCAUAAAGAGCCAGAGAAUGGUUCAGAACCUUCUGAGUAUUGCACGAAAGAUCUGUGAACGUGUGCAUCGCUCGGCAAAGGCCAAGGAGAAGCUGGCUGAGCUCCAGAGGGUGCACCAGCUGCCCGAGAACCAACUCAUUCAGGAUGUUCCUUCCAAAUGGAGGACCUCCUUUUUCAUGCUGGAGCGGCUGGUGGAACAGAAGAAAGCCAUCGACGAGAUGUCGAUCGAGUGCAAUUUCAGGGAAAUGAUCAGCUGCGAUCAGUGGGAGGUGAUGCUGUCGGUCUGCAAUGCACUGAAACCUUUCGAAGUUGCCUGCAGGGAGAUGAGCAACCGCACUGCCACUCUGGGACAAGUGAUACCACUCAUUCACAUCCUCAACAGAAAGAUAGACCUGCUGUUUGAUGAAACUGUGGGCAUAGACAACAUGCUCAAGUCUCUAAAGGAAGCCAUGGUGAGCAAAAUGUCGGCAACUCUGCACGACCCACGAUACACCUGGGCGACCAUGCUGGACCCACGAUACAAGACGUCGUUGUUCACAGAGGAAGAAGCUGAGCAAUGCAAACUAGAUCUGAUCCGAGAGCUGGACUUGUUCUUGACUACCUCAGUUGUAGUUCAGCCUCCGCUGCCCAAUGGCUGCAAUGAGGCCCCCUUGUCGUCCACCACCUCCCACCCAAACAAAGACAACCUCUGGUCCCUUAUGGCCGACAUCCGACAAAAGAUAAAACACGAGGAGAAGCCAAAGUCCUCGGAGCUUGCAGUGCUUGAGUACCUUGAGGAAGAUAUACUCGAUCAAAGCUGUGACCCCCUUGACUAUUGGAACCUGAAAAAGUUGCUGUGGCCCAAUCUUGCCAAAGUAGCCGCCCGUUAUGUGGGCUGCCCUCCCAGCAUCGUCCCAGCAGAGACACUGUUCAGCACAGCUAGUGUCAACUGUGCCCUAAAUCAGCCCAGGCCUUUACUGGAAAACAUCGAGGGUCUGCUGUUCCUCAAAGUCAACCUCCCUUUGAUUUAUUUUCAGUACUGAUUAUUGCUGAGCAUUAACUUAAUCCCUUUUUUAUCAAGGACCAAGUUGCAUAGCUGUGAAAUGGGGGGGGGGGGGGGGGGGGGGGGGGGGGGGGUCUGUUGGAGAACAUGUAAAAUAUUGAUCUAUACACUGAUUGAUUCUCACUCCAAAUUUGGAGGUUUUAUUUUAUUCUGUGUACUACUGUUAAACACUUUGGAGCUGUUAUGAAAUGUCUCAGUCCAAAGUGUAUCAGGGAGGGAGGGCUUUUCUAGCUGUAGGGGUUGGUGAUAAUGUGUUUGCUUGUAAAUCAAUGUUUUUUGUUUUUUUUUAGUUUUCUGUGUCUACUCUCUCCUUGUGCCUUAUUCAAAACUACUUCAGGUCAAAAUGCUGUAAAUAUUCUGUUAAAUUGCGCAGAUCACGUCAGGAUGCUUUUUGAUUAUUGUGUAUUACAGAUAGAUGCAGAGUUGUUUUCUGAAUGAUGGCCCAGAAAUAAAUGCUGUGACUGAAAGAUGUUUUAAGUUAAUGUUAUUUAAUUUUCAUUGUGGAUUUGUGGCUCAUGGUACUGUCAUUUAGAAAAAGACUUUUUUACUUGCUGAAAUGUUUUUAAUAAGAUCAUGUAUAAUAUUGCUGUAUUUUCAGAAUAAGCAGUUUGUUUGGAAUAUACAAUUUGUCUCUUAAGCACAAUUUAAGUUUUAUGUCCAGGGGAUUAAAUUAUGGGUUUAUCGAGUAAAAUAAUGUACUGUACAUUUUUAUAUUAAAUGACUUCUGAACCUAAUUUGAUAAAUGUUUUAGCAUUGAGACUGGAACCAAGCUAAUGUUGUGGUCAUUUUUAAAUAAAGGUUUUCCUUAUGCAAUA